UAUGGGCGAAAACGUUCUUGAGAAGCAUUGGCUGACUAAAAUUACUGAUACUUUAUAACCAUUUGGGAUAGGUGGUUUAUCUGGAUGUGUGGCUACGUGUUUUAUUUAACCAGUCGACUUAGUAAAAGUUAGAAUCCAACUCAAAUCAGAAAAAUUGGGUCCUAAUGCAGGAAGCGAGAUCAGUCCAUUUCGUGUCUUCUCUGAAAUCUUAAAAGAAGGAGGUGUGUUGAGUUUUUGGAAAGGAAUUGAUUCAGCAUUAGCUAGAUAAGUAUUUUACACUACCACUCGUAUGGGAAUUUAUAAGACAAUGUACUAAAGAUCAAAACAAGCGAAUAAUGGAAAAGAGCCUUCAUUUUUAGCUAAAUCUUGGUGUUCAAUUGUAGCAGGUUUUAUUGGAUCAUUGGCAGGUAAUCCAGCUGAUUUAGCUUUGGUCAGAAUUUAGGCAGAUAGCACAUUACCUGUUGAAGAAAGAAGAGGAUAUAAAAAUGUUUUUGAUGCAUUUUAUAAAAUUGUGAAAGAUGAAGGGAUAGUAGCAUUAUGGAGAGGAUCCACCCCAACAGUUAUUAGAGCAGUUGUUAUUAAUGUAGCAAUGUUGGGACCAUAUGAUGAGAUAAAGGAACGAUUAAAUCACUAUUUUGGAACCAAAGAUACUCAAUAAACUCGAUUAUUGUAAUUUGUUAAAUUAUAUUUAUAAUAGAGCAUCUGCCGCAGCUGGCUUUUUGAGUUCAUUUUGUGCAUUACCUUUUGAUAAUGCAAAAACAAAAAUGUAGAAAAUGAAAAAGGAUGCAGCAGGUGUAUAUCCUUAUUCUUCAAUUUUUGAUGCUAUGGGAAAAGUAAGAAAAAUGAAUAUUCAUAGACAGCUAAAAGAGAAGGUAUUGUCGGACUUUGGGUAGGAUUUCCAACAUUUUAUUUCAGAAUUGCACCUCACACUAUGAUUACUCUUUUAACUUAAGAUUGGCUCACAGACAAGGUCAAUUCAUGGAGAAAAAAGAAACAUUGAA